AUGAAAUGCCACGCUCAGAAGAACAGCCAAUUAAGUCCGACAAGUAGCUCCGCCCGGAAAAAUACAUUCUCCAAAGGGGUCACCCCGAAACCGUCUCAAGAUAGCUUUGACCACAAGUCUCCUACGGCGGCUACUAAUGCCGCAUAUACGAGCAUUCCCUUGAUGCAAAUCCUUUCGCCCUCCGAUUACUUCCCGCCACAAGAAACUGAAUCCCAUCAGCAAGCCAGGUAUGCCUCUAUUGAGGUCCCCAAGUCGAAUUUCGACGCUGCGGGCAAUUCGUCACAUGCCUUCAACAUGCAGCUUUCGAGCGCAAGUUGGUCUGUUUCUUCUCCCGUGAACAGUAUAAACAGGUAUCCCCAGUCGCCACAGCUUCAAAAGCAAUCUUCUUCACAGAACAGCGGCGAGGCUUCAACCUUUGAGAAUUCGGUACCCGCCCCGGGGAACCCAGGCCAGCUUUCCAAGUCUGAGAUCCACCCCAACCAGUUCAUCAAUAGUCAUAUCGGAUGGCUCCCACCUUCGGACCACGCAAAUCAGGAUAACCUCUACGAUCCUUUACAGAUGUGGCUAUUGCCUUCCUUCGAAGACCUAGACCAGUCUCCUGAAAAUUUCCAGGCUUACGAAUCGGGCGAUCUUCAGCGUCAGUACCCUGGUCAGAGAGACCUGGCCAAUGGAAGAAUAUAUGACUCUCUUGAUACGAUCAGAACGAUUUCCAAAGUUCCCAGAGAGCGCUUUUCGCGGAUCCAGCGUUGCUGGGGUCCUCGUUCAGGGCACAAUUAUCGUAUCAUGCCAGUCCUCUGGAAAGAAGUCGCUUCCUCACCCACGGGCAACCUCUUCUCAGGGGCCGCGUUUGCCGCCGACGACUUCCGUACAGCCUCUGGUUGGGGUAUCAACAAUGAUUGCCGCGUUCGACUACGUGAUGCCUUCCAUCUUUCUGCACCGCUCACUUUGCAUUCGCCUCAGCUUCAAGCAGUCGUCGAUCCGGCUCUAUGCCAGGUGAAUGAGGAGUUCCCACCCGCCGAGAUUCUAGACAUUGCUUUAGGUCUCUUCUUUCGCCGCUUUCAUCCUACAAUUCCAUUCAUUCAUAUUGCGACCUUCUCUGUCCAACAUACGCCGACACCUAUGUUGUCGGCUAUUUGUUUGAUUGGGCUUAGUAUUCUAGGGACAACCGGUGCCACCAGGUUUGUAUCGAGCAUGUUUCCUAGGUUUCUGCAACGCGUCUGCAACGAUCUAUCCGCAUGCGCAGGAUGCUCCGUAUCACUAACACAACAGCUGUCAAUCUUUGCAACGGCAUUUCUGACGCUAAACCUAUCCGUGGCCACAGGAGAUAAGGCUACAUUGGACGAGUGUCAGAUGCUUUACGCCAGCCUAAUCUCGAUAGCUCAGCAAAACGGACUGUUCGCAGCGGAUGAUGGCCAGCCUCUUGACACUAUACUAUCUGAGAUGACUGAGUCAGAUGACCAGUGGAAAUCCUGGAGUCGAAUUGAAUCAGCAAAACGGCUCAUACUCGGGCUUUUGCUGGCUGACUCAUGGUACUCGAAUUUACUAUCCAAGGCUCCUAUCAUUAGGUCGGAGUCGGUCUGUGUGUUUGCGCCCUGUAGCGAAUCCCUCUUCCAAGCUAAGUCCGCCACUCAAUGGCAGUCAAUACUGCGAAGUGGAGAAAGCCAAAACGCUCCCAGCUUCAGACUCGAAGACCUUCAUCAACACGAUACGGAACCGAUUGGGAAGCUGGGAUACUUGGGCAGAUCGUCUUUUCUGGCCUUACUCCAGAUUCAAAUCCUUGAGGCAUACCAGCGGCUGAUGCCUUCAGACCAGUUGGCUACGGGAUCCUUCAUUCCAUGGCAUGUAUACUCGGGUGACGCUCGAGCAAAGACUCUGAUACCGGCCGUGCUGGCGGCAAACUACACAGCCGGUCCGUUGUGGAACGUCGACGACACAAGCUGCGUCGUGCUCUGGCACAGCCUAUGUAUCAUGCUCCUGGCGGAUCUCCCCAUGUUUGAAGUUGCAAGCGGUCGACACGGGGCGGCCCCGGCAACAGGCGCGCUGGAGAAUAUCAGCCAAUGGUCACAAUCCCAAUCUGCGCGUCGGGCAUGUGUCCACGCGGCGCAGACUUUUAAGCUGAUGUCGGAGCGCCGGGUCUCGGACAAUGCCACCAUCCAUUCGAUCAAGGCGCUCUUCGCGUCGGCCCUCGUUUUAGGGUUGUACUUGUUCAUGGUGAAUCCUGGCUCCGUAUCUCGCCAGAAUGCAGCCCCUGUCGAGAUAAUCAACUCCGAGCCCGACUGGAUAGAACUACAGGACCUGGGGUUCCGCGACAGGACGCUCCUGCAGCCGACCGAGCGUGGCCUCAGGACCAACCGUGAAGAUGAGCAGUCUUUCUCAUCUAUUUAUCAAUUCAUCAAGCACGGCGGCACUAUCAGUCUGAAUGGCGUCGUACAUCAAGCCGGCUACGAGAGCGCGAGGAGGGUCUUACUAGAUUUUGCGAAUCUGAUGGACGGCAUCUCUGGGCGGAGACUCAGGACGUUUACCCAGGUGUUGCAUAUCAUGAGUGAUGAUUUGAUGAAUGUCGAUCCUUUGCUAUGA